CUUGGAUUCACUCUGUGUGGAAACAUCCAGGGAUUGUCCUGAGUUCCUAUAAGAGCUGGACAUGGAACUCCCCUCAACUGACCACCACUCUCUUUUUGCAGGUUGCUGAAAAUGAAGUGGACACUGGUGCUGCUUCUUGGUGGAUCCCUAGCAGGGGUCAGCUGGGGCUGGACGUAUCACUACUCCAACAUCACCAUGACGUGGACCCAGGCCCGAGAGUGGUGCCAGACGUACUACACAGACAUGGUGGUGGUCCAGAGCCAGGACGAGAACGCCGCUCUGGUCUCCUUUUUGCCGAACAAGAACCACAGCCCGUACUAUUGGCUAGGGAUCACCAGACUGCAGAAGGACGGGAAUUGGAUCUGGAUUGGGAAUAACAGCACGUGGGUCGGCGAGGAGUCGUGGGCGGAGAACGAGCCCAACAACAACCAAAGCUGGCCCGUUUGCGUGGAGCUCUACGUCAACGCCCGAGCCAAUCGAGGGAAAUGGAACGAUGAGAAGUGCAGACAGAGGAAAUAUGCGGUGUGCUAUCAAGCUCAAUGUAACGCGACUAUAUGUGGAAGAGGAAGAUGCCAGGAGGCCGUCAAUAACGUCACCUGCCUGGAUGAGCCCGGCUCUGAAGAAGAUGCCUGCCAAACAGUUUCUGUGCCCCCAGCCGUGGAAUGCCCGCUUCUGUUUCACCCCAACGGAUACCUCCGCUGUGGAGAAGGAAACCAAACAGUCAACUCCUCGUGUCAGGUCACAUGUCACCCUGGCUUCCUGAGGAUCGGAUCGGGGGAAGUCACCUGCGGGUCGUCGGCCCGUUGGAGAGGCCCGAGGCCCAUCUGUGCGGGCUAUAAAUUUGUGUUGGUUGCCGUGACCUGCGGAGUCAUCACAUUUUGUUGCAGCUGCUGCAUGUGUAUUAGUUGGAUGAAAAGCAGGAAAGGUCGACAAGAAGAAGAGGCAAGACUGUCCAGUGAAUUAGAAGAAUGAAGAAUAACCUGAGUUUGUGUCGUAUAAUGACUUCAUUUUGUAUUCACUUCAAUUCGUGCUGGAAUAGUUAUAGUGCUUACUUGCUGUUUAAUCCUGCACAGACAGAAAUUUGUAAUCCCUGCAAUCCUGCUUUUUACACCUACAGAAAGCUAUUUGUUCAUUUUAUGUCUAUUAUACAUUUGUCUGUUUGCAUUUUAUGUUAGCAUUUGGUAGCUUUACUAAGGAAAAGCUAAUUGCUUGUUUUCAAUACACAUAAAAAAUACUCAUAAUCCGAGAUAUGCAAUGCAAUCGUCACUCAAUAUUCAGACUGUUUUGCUCAAGGGUGUGACACCGAGUGAAAAGAAUUUGAUCUGAUUGGCACAAAUGUACUAAAUUGUUCUGUUGGAGUGGUGCGCUUCCUGUCUGCCAGGAAAUGCACAUUAAUGAGUGUUGAUGAGGACUGAAAGUUCAGCGACGACUCGUGACUAACACAGUUUCAGGUCAAAGAAGAAAUGAUGUGUAUCACCAUAGGUGACAAUGUGAGAGGAAGCAUGAUUAUAAUUCGCUGGGGAUAGGAACUAGGCAAAAAAA